ACUAUAACGGUAUGCCUCAUGUAUAUACAUGUUUACUCUAAGUACCAGGUCAUAUUCGGACAGUUGAACUGGUCAUGCAAAUGCGCAUAUUUCAUACAUGUAAGUUAUUUGUGACUUAUUGUGGCAGGGAGGUUGUUAUAUUUCCGCCUCUUGCAAAACUGAUGACCAAGAAGCAAUGCAGUCAGCAUUAUUCAGCAUAAAAGUACGGUCAUUUCUAAAUAUGGGAUAUUUUAUAGGUUUGGCCGGGGUUUCAGCUUACGAAACAUGCGGAAAUAGGUUAAACCGAUCCGAUUGGUCAAAAGUUGAUUGCAUGAUUAAUUAACCCCGAUGACCUGCAUAAUUAACUGAACUUCAUAAAAUAGACCCGCGCACUCACAAAGCGCGCAUUCUGGGUGAUACUUUCUUAGAUCACGUUAAGUCAAGUUUGCCAAUUCAGCGUCAGGGCGGCUUUGAUACUUUUGUUUGACUUAUUCAUUUAAGCUACGUACUUUUCUAUUCGCAAGUUAUAAUUAAUAAACGGAGAGCUAUUUUGUUGAUAUACAUUUAUUUGUAAUCGCGGAAUAAGGGACUAUUUAACCGAGAAAUAAAAACUGUUUUAAAAGUUUGAUUUGUAUUAGUAUUCUAUCAGAACUUGUGCUGCUUUAAUAAAUUCCACUAGACACAACGCGAAGUACUCAAUUGUCGUGCUAUACAAAACCAUUUUUGGUCGCCUUAAGACCAGGAUAAUUAAACUUUAUUCCUAGUUUCAGAUUGUCGCACGGAGUGGUGUAAACAGCCAAGCAAGGUAGAGUGCAUACAGAUCAACGGACCUGACAACGAUAGACAGCAGUUGACAAGCGGCGUACAACAACAACAACAACAGCUCGAUCAACGAACGUACGUCACGAUGAAACCGUUCGUGGUUCUCUCUUUAUUACUCAUGUGUUAUCUUUCAAAUUGUUGUAUGUCUUAUUUGUUAAGAGAAAAUGUCUUAUUUUUCAAAACAAAUCGUGUUAGUCUCACGCAUGAUUCUUGGCGCAUAGCUUUAACAUUAGAUUUAGAGCCUUAUGAUAUUUUUAUAAGAAAAGUAUCGGAAGAUUCGAAAGAAAUAGAACAACUCAUACGAACAACCGUACAAAGAUACCAAGGAAAUAAAGAUAAUCCUAACUUUGUAGUCACCUUUAAGGGAUUAGAACAAGAAGUAUCUCGUUUGACGCAUACAUAUCAAACAUUACGAGCAAAAUUUCAUAACAAUAAAUUUAUUAGGCAGAAACGCUCUUUAUUACCGUUUUUAGGAAAAAUUAUCGGUUGGGUCGCCGGUAUGUCAACCGAUGAUGAAUUAAACUCUGUUCGUAGAAACGUGAUAAAUUUAGAGAAAACACAAAAAGCGAUAUUACAUGUUGUCGACGAAAACUUAACCGUCUUGAAUGUUACUCGCCGAUCGACGAUCGAAAAUCGUGAAACGAUCAAUCAGAUAUUGACGUCUUUAGAACAAAUGAGUACGGAUUUCUCUAAAUAUAAAGAUCGUGUUCAUCUUGAAGUUGUUAAGAUAACCGAAUUUGUUCAAACUUAUUUAAGAGUUUCGCAUAUUGUACAAAAUUUCAGAGAAAUCAUAGAGCGCGGUUUUAUAUUAUAUGAACACCUAAGUUCACAGUUGAACGCUGUAGCAUUAUCUCAUCUUAGUCCCGUGUUAAUAGAACCGAGCGAGUUAAGUAUAAUAUUACAUGAGAUAAAACAACAAUUACCUCCGAUGUUAAAAUUACCUUUUACCGAAGAAAAAGAUUUUUGGUUAUAUUACCGUAAUUUACCAUGUAGCGGUGCGUUAAUUGAUAACCAGAUUGUAAUAGUAUUAUAUAUUCCGGUCGCGGAAAUGUACGAACAAUUCGAUAUAUAUCACAUGGCUUCGUUACCGCUUCCGAUUAAUAUUACCGAACAGAAAAUCGAAUCGACUAUGGUCGCAGAUUAUAAACUUCAUGGUGUAGGUUUAGCUAUUAAUGAACAAAGAACUAGAUUUGCUAUUUUAAAUAAGGACGAAUUAAGUAGUUGUUCCGUUCAAGGGCUCCCAUAUUGCCGAUUCAGUUCAGCGUUAUAUUCAGUCGCUACAACUAAGAAAUGUCCGAUUCAUCUAUUUUUACACAGUAAAGAUAAAAUUAAGAAGUAUUGUCACAAAACAGUAGUACCUAAUGUUGCGUUGCCAACAGGCUAA